CCUGGGAGGCCCCGUGCCUGGCUCCUGACUCCGGCUGCAGCAUGACUCCAGCCUGGGCCUCCCUGGCAGCAGUGGGCACGGGGGGACGUGGUCGGCUGUGCCCGUGCCCCAGGCUCUGCCACGCUUCGCAAGGCUGGGCUGGCUCUGUGCCCUGGCCCGUGGGCAGCCAUGGGCAUGAUGGGGAUCUCAGCCCAGGUCCAGGCACAGCCCCAGGCAGCCACGUGAGCCCCAUGCUCCUCCCAGGUCAGCCGUGGCUGUGGCUGCAGACCUGGCAUGAAGGCGUCCACGCAGACCCGCCUGCUCUACACGCUCUUCCACGUCCUGGCCUGCGCCGUCUGCUGCCUCCUGCUGUCCCGCACCGUCUCGGACGCCCUCAAGGACCACGUGAGCGUGGGCCGGGCCGGGGGCUGGGGCUGGCCUGGCCCCGGGGCGCUGCACCGUGCCGUGCCGCGGGGCCUGUCCCCACGCCAGAGCUCUUUCUAUGCCCUGCUGUGCCAGCGCCUGCCCGGGGGCGCUGACUGCGACGCGCUGGUGGGCUACGCGGCCGUCUACCGCGUCUGCUUCGGCACCGCCGGCUUCUACCUGGCCCAGGCCACCCUCCUGCUCAACGUGAGGUCCAGCCGCGACGUCCGCGCCCAGCUGCACAACGGGUUCUGGUUCCCGAAGCUGCUGAUCCUGGUCGGACUCUGCGUAGCCGCCUUCUUCAUCCCUGCCGACCGCUUCCUGCCAGCCUGGCGCUACGUGGGCAUCUGCGGUGGCUUUGCCUUCAUCCUGCUCCAGCUGGUGCUGAUCACAGCCUUCGCCCACACCUGGAACAAGAACUGGCAGAUGGGGGCGUCCCGGGACGGGCGCUGGGGUGCGGCGGUGCUGCUGGCCACGCUGGGCUUCUACGCCAUCGCCGUCGCCGCCUUCUCCCUUCUGUACCAGCGCUACGCUCGCCCGCCCGCCCGCCCGCUGGGCGCUGCCCUGCUCGCCCUCCACGCCGGCCUCUGCGGGCUCGUGUCCCUCGUCUCCGUCUCGCCCUGCGUCCGACUCAAGCAGCCACGCUCCAGCCUCCUGCAGGCCUCCAUCAUCAGCUGCUACGUCGCCUACCUCACCUUCUCCGCGCUGUCCAGCCGCCCGCCCGAGAGAGGGCUGUGCCGGGGGCAGAACCUCACCACCUACCCACCCAGCGCUGGCAGGGACGGGCAGGCCGAGGACACCACGGUCGCCGUGCUGGGCGCUGCCAUCAUGUACACCUGCGUUCUCCUGGCCUGCAACGAGGCCUCCUCCCUCGCCGAGAGCUUCGGGCCCCUGUGGAUGGUCAAGGUCUACAGCUUCGAGUUCAGUGUGAGUGGAGGCACCACGGCCCCCAGCCCCCCCGUGCGGCUGCAUCCCACCACCCAGCCCCCCUCCCCAAGGUGGAGGCCGAGCCCGGAAGUGGGUGCCGACGGGUGGGGGGCUGGGGCGGGAGCUGUGUGGGGCAGGGGUCUCCGGGGCGGGGCUGUAGGUGACCCUGCAUUCCCACUGGGCGCAGUGCGGGCGCGUGAGCGAGCAGGGCGGCCGGGGUCCGCGGACGACGAGCAGGAGCGCGUCACCUACAGCUACGCAGCCUUGCACUUCGGCUUCUUCCUCGCCUCGCUCUACGUCAUGGUGACGCUCACCAACUGGUUCAGCUACGAGUCGGCGGCGCUGGAGACGACCUUCGUGCGCGGCAGCUGGUCGACCUUCUGGGUGAAGGUGGCCUCAUGCUGGGCCUGCAUCCUGCUCUACCUGUGGCUCCUCCUGGGCCCCCUGUGCCUGCCGGGCCGCCGGCGGCACCAGACAUGCAGCGCCCUCCCGUACGCCGGACGACGCCGACCCCUGCCCCGGACCCUGCCCCGGCCCAUCAGCGUCGCCACGUAGCCGCCUCCAGGGCUGGGCUGUCUCCUGUGCCCUCAAGGGCUCUGGCGAGGCUCGGCCCCAAAGCUGCCCGCAGCUGGGCCUGUGACUGGCGCAGUGCCGCUCUCCUGCCCGCGAGACCCGACCUGGGGCCCAUGAACUGAGGAGCUGGCCUCGCAUCCACACCCCAGCCCACAGUUUUGGGAGCAGGAGAGCACGGGGACCCUGGCAAGAGUCCAGCAGGGCUCUGCAGCCGCACCAGCUCCCGGGGACAUGGCCACGAGGAGGGAGAGCCAGGCCCCUGGUGCCAGCUGCGGAUGACGGGGCCACGUAGGCUGAGCUUCUCCUCCCUGCCCCAGCCUGAGGCUUCUCGAUCACCACGUGGGCCCCAGAGCUUGGCAGGACACGGGGCGGGAUGGGCCCCAUUCUGCACCUCCUGCUGCCUUGGAAAACCCGCACCUGCGUCCCCUCUCUCUGGUGUUUUCUGGGACCAGGUGGGCCUGGACCUGCUGGAGGUCUAUAGGGAGCGCCUGCAGGAGGGCUGCCUGGGAAUGGGGGUGGAGGAGGGCCUCAUGUCAUAACCCUUCUGUACAAGAAGGGGGAGAGGUGGGAUGUCAGAAACCGGCGCCCGAUCACGCUCCUGAACUUUGGUUACAAACUAAUGGCCAAAGUCUUGGCCAAGCAUUUUCAGUCUGUUAUAGGUACAGCGAUCCAUGAGGACCAGGCCUGCGCGGUGCCAGGGCAACACAUCCACAAAGCCCCGAUGCAGCUGCGAGAUGCGCUCCGGUACCAGCGGGAGAGGGCACAGAAAGUCACCGCGCUGAACCUUGACUUGGAGAAGGCCUACAACCGGGAAGCCCAUCGCUUCCUACUGGAGACACUGGAGAAGAUGGGAGUCCCCGCAACUUUUGUCACCUGGAUAAGGCACUGUGCACCAGCAUGAGCAGCAGGGUGCUGGUGAACGGGUCCUUGGCAGCUCUGAUCAUGGUAGGGCUGGGCAUCAGGCAGGGCUACCUGCUCUCCCCGGUCCUGUUUAUCUGCGCAAGGGAAUCACUAGCACAAGGACUCAGGCAGGACCCGGGCUCCGCGCUGCUGAUGCUGCUACACCCCGCCCUAGUCUCCCCCCCAGAACAGGCUGUUUGCAGAAUCCAGAGAACUGCGUGUUUUCUUUUGGAUCUCCACGUGGGAGAAAGCGGUGAGGACCAAGCUGUACAAAGCGAAAUGGUCCGGAGGCAGCGAAACGCCAGACGUCCUUCUCUUCCUGUGGGCCAAGUAUAUAAGCCAGGUUUGCAAACUGGCAACAGGGGUGGACCCCAAAAGAGUCAGCUUUGUUGAGUAUUUUGCAGGGCAGCUGCUGUGACAGUGGCAGGGGCACACGAUGACCGGGGGCCAUGGUGUCCCCAUGGCUCUAUGAGGUCCUGAAAUGCUUCCAGGAGAAAUGCAAGCUGCAUGAUGCAACCCUGGCAAACCACCGCAAGAUACGGGAGGUGGUAAGGGCAAGAGACAUCAUAUCGCCCAUGGACUUACUACCGGGGGACAGCGGCCAGGCCGUGCGGGAGCAAAUCUUCUACAAGAACCUGCAGAAGGAGCACAGAGACCUGAACUGGCAGCGUCCCACCAGGCACUCUCCGUGCGGGCAUGAAGAGACAGCGCGGGGCAGAGAAGUCCAUCAGACUGCCCAAGACAGACCUGCUGCUGGCAGGCAGAAGUGAUCGACCACCUCUUCCGGGACUGCCCGUACGCCAGGGAGGUGUGGAGGAAAGUCUGUGCGCUCUGGUUGUGACGGGUCAGAACCUUGCCCAGGGACGCGGUUCUCUACGGGCACCUGACCGAAGAGCAAGGGCCCGACAGCCCGCUUCGACUGUCCAUCUCCUGCUUCACGUCCAUGGAAGGCCAGGAACCUGCUCAGACACUCGGACCCCACAGCCAAGGACUGCGUUAAAACGGGGCUGAGCAAACUGUACUGGUACUACAGGAAGACAGGCGAGGACGACAGGACAGAGAUGGCAGAGCUCAGCUGGUGGAGAGGGGAACAAGGGGGAGGGCAGCGACCACGCGUGAAAGCACUGGAGCAGUGAUGGGGCGCGGGCGCAUGGAGCAAACUUUGUAACGGGACUAAAACAGUUUAACUGGUAAUGUGUGCUUUGGUCUGCCUAGUAAACUAUAGUGGAUCCACAGACCGGUGGUUAGAGGUACAGUUAUAUAUAAUAUAUAUUAUAUAUAGAGAGAAAUAAAUAUUUUUGCAACA